CGCUGGAGUUGCUCUAAGUAGAGUAGUGUGAAUGUAGUUCUUCGAAAUUUGGAAUGGCAAGUGAAGAAGUAGGGACAACAACAGAGUGGCUAAACCUAAUUUAAACUCUAGUGUGUGGAUAGGAAUCCAACCAAUUUUCUCUUCAAUUGUUGUUGUGCCUGGUCAGUUCUAGAGAGAGAGAGGAAGAAAUGGGUGAAGAGGAAGAGAUUAGAGUAGAAGAAAAGAUAGACAACAAUUUGAACAAUGCCAAGGGUUUUCUGUGGAAGUUACCUGUCUUCAAGACCAAAGAGUUAGGGAAGCUUGGCCCUGCAUUUGGUCUUGGUGUUGGCUGUGGUGUAGGUUUUGGUGUUGGAUUCCUUGGAGCUGGUAUCCGUAUCGGCCAUUUUCGGAAAUGCCCUAUCGUACUCCCGAUACGUAUCGGUACGGAUACCCGUACCAGUAUUUGUGCAACUCAGAUACAGAGAGAUAGAGGCCAAGCUGCAGAAACACGCAUUUCCUCACCAAGCAAUGGCCAGAUAGAGUGUUUAAGUAUCCUCCAAAGACUUGACAUCUUUAUAUUCGGUACCUAUAGAUCUUGAGAUCGAUGCGUCCUUAUCGAAAUGAACCAUCAUGUAAAAUUAUCAAACUCAUAUCGCAGCUUUUCCAAGCUGACAUAUAUGACACAUUUGGAAUUUUCUUCCUUGUAAAAGCAUGUACUCGUGAAAAGAAACAUGCAAAAGAUCUCCUUCUCUUAUGUUUUUCAGUUUUUUGUGGCACUCUAGUUUUUUGUUUUGUUUUGUUUUGGGGAUGUUAUGUCUAGUGAUUCGACUGUGUUAUUGUAGAUAUAAAGUUGUGGGUCUACAUGCUAUAUGUGUCCUACUAACCGUGUG